UCGUCUUCCUCUUCGCCAGCAUGUUCUGCACCAACAUAAACGGUGGACCGAGAUUCCUCCUCACUCGGUUCUGCUGUUGCUGUUCACUCCGGACGGGAACUCUGGUUAUCGCCUCUCUUGAGUUUGUGAUAAUUGCUGCUGUACUGGUGCUCCAGAUGUGCUACCAAAAAAUGACAAGCGGGGCUGCGGCGGGGAUGGUUUUGGAAAUCUUCGUGCAUCUCCUCGUGGCUUGUCUCCUCAUCCAUGGCGUCAGGAAGCAUCAGCCCUUCCUGGUGUGGGGCUGGGUGUGGAUGAGGUGCGUCCUGGUGGUCACUGACCUGGCCAAUUACGUGGUCAAGGUAGCAUACAGUCAGAUCUUGGGCGCAGUAGUGCUUGCUGUGCUCUUCACUGCAGCCUUGACCUACAAUAUCUUGGUUGUCCGUUCGUAUGCAUAUACCAUGUCGACGGCUGACACCACCGAGAGGUUGGACAGCAUCAGCGAAGCGUCAGACAUACGGGCUUGAGUCAGCAAGGACCCUUGACGCGGCCAAUUCACGCUUUGUUCUUCACGUGCAAAAAAAUGUUAUUUGCUGCUGUGCUGACGACACGAUCUGUUCAUUUAGCUUCUGAAUGUCGACGUUCUAUGGGGACCUAUGGCGAGUGCGGUCAAUAGGUAUUCAUAAGCGCACGAAAUGAAAUUGUAUUUAAGGUUCUCAUUCAGAACCACGUCCAGUAUUACCGUGUUAUGUGUGGCGAUAUGAUUUUUUUUUUGUGUGUGUGUGUGUGUGUGCGUGUGUGGUGUGUGUGUGUGUG